AUGGCGAAGAAAACAGUGAGACAGCAGGACUUUAUGAAGCGUAAGCUUAAGGUUGGAAAACCAAAGCAGAAACCAAGCAAUGUGACUGAUACAUCUUUCCAGAUGAAGCGAAUCUCGCUACCAUCACAGACCAAGAUCAGCAGUGGUUCCAACGGGAAGAGCGCUGGAAAUGGUACAGGCGUAUUGGAUUUGAACCAAGAAGUGAUAAAAAGAGUCAGCUUGUUGAGACAUCAUAGCGAUGUCACGAGGAAAGAAACAGUACUAUAUUUCGAAUCUAUGAUCUCGAGGAUCAUCCAUCUACCGAGCAUGAAUAAUCUAAUGCAAUCAUCCAUCCCAUUGAUGUGUGAUUCAUCAAAACAAGUGCGCGACGAAUUGGCCAACUUGCUUGAUACCAUUGGGAAGCACGAUGCCAAUGUGUUGAAAUUACAGAUCAGAGCCAUCACAUUGUAUUUGAACAACGCUAUGACCCAUAUAAUCGCUCCUAUCCAAAGAGACUCCGGUAUGUUCGUACAAGUGGUGUUAAAGUACUGUGCUGACGAGCUAGUAAGGCACGCAUGGAUCAAGAUGUUGAAAGGGUUUUUCCAGGUAUUGGGAUGGACCAUAGUCACGCAAGGGAACAACAAGGCAAAGGGCAAGUCGAUAAGUAUGGGGAUUACAAGCAGCAGUGUAUUGAGUAUGAACAAGAACAAGAAGCAUAAGAACGAGAACCUGAAGGCGAUGUUGCAAUUCAUAAGAGCUGGAGUGCUAGGAGCUGCUGCCAUUGGUCACGAAGACAGAAACCCCGAACAGGGUAACGGUGCUAAUUCCGUCUCCCCACUAUUACAACAAAGAUAUGUACCGUACAUGAUACCGGAGUUCCCACAACCGUAUGCAUACUUGAAACUCUUCACGAGACAAUUUGCAAAAGGCGAAUUGACCAGUACAGGUGCUGAAACAAGUAGCACCGACAGUGGAAAUAUGACUCUCGAGGAGCUAGAAACGUUAUCGUGUGAGGAUACACACACAAGAAGAAUGGUAUUCAAUCAACAUUUCUAUCCAAGCAUACAAAGGCAACUACCGGCUCUCAUCAAGGACGGAGGGGAGUGUGGCCGUACGGCCCAUUCCUUCUCCAGCACUUUGGAAGAGAUUCUUCAAAUCACUGUAUAA